AAUUUUCAGGUUCGUGUUAAUUGAUUAGAUUGGAUUGCUAGGUUUACCAUUUAAUUAUCUCGAAAGGUUGCCAUUCAGCAAUUGAUUUAUGGAAGUUCGCGAAGAAAGUGGAAAAAAAUAUGAGUUUAGUGGCAUUAUUGCAGCGCAUCUUUCUGAUGUAAAAUGUAUUGUUAAAACCGAUUCAGAACAGAUUAUUUCCGGUAGUCGUGAUGGAAGCGUUAAAGUUUUCUCAGAAAGGAAUAAUGCUUACAUGGAGGAUAUAUCAUUUACAAAUGUGGAGAGGUUAGCUAUUAAUGCAGUAGCAUUUUAUCUAUGCCCAAGAUAUGGAUGGUUAAUUUUUGUUGGCCGUAAAGAUGGCUCAAUAGCGGUAUAUACAUCCAAUGACGAUAAACCGACGCGUAUAUUACAUGAGCAUAAAAUGAACGUUUGUGCGCUACAUGUUGAUGCUGAAAAUGGAAAAUUAAUGAGUGGCUCCUGGGAUAAUAAUGCAAUAAUUUGGCCAAUUCAGGAAAUCGCACUAUGUCUAGUAGGUCACAGAUUAUCUGUUUGGACAGUCGCUUCCAUACCUGAACGACCCGACUUUUAUCUUACUGGUUCAGCUGAUUUGACAAUUAAAUUUUGGCAAGGUGACAAUGAAGUAAAUUCAUUUUCUGGUCAUGACGAUGUUGUACGAUCUAUUGCAGUCUUAUCGAAACACAGGUUCCUCUCGGCUGCUAAUGAUUUCACGAUUCGUUUGUGGGAUAUUGAUUCUGGUGCUUGCCUUCAAAAAUAUAGUUCGUUAAGUGGAGAAUAUAUAUACAGUUUGACACAUGCUAACAUAUCAGGGCAUAAUUUGAUGGCUAAUUCUGGUGAAGGUGGUUUUCUGGAAAUAUGGGGUCUGAAUGACGAUGGUUCACUGACUCACAAACAAUUGAUUAGGACACCAGCACAAAGCCUUUGGUCCCUUACUUUUCUAAAAAAUGGUGAUAUUGUUGUCGGUGCUGAUGAUGGCAACAUUUAUAUUUUCUCUGCCGUUGCAAGUCGAAAAGCAGAUGCUAGUACGAUGGGAUCAUUCCAAUGUGCUGUUGCUAAGAAAAUUGCUGAAACCGAAGCAGUCAUGGCUGCUCAGCAAAAUGAAGUAGUUAAAAUCAAGGUUGCACUGGAUGAUGGGGAACCACAUAUUGAAUUGCGAUAUAAAAAAGGAUCAGAUCCAUAUGAUGCUGCGCAAACAUUUUUGAUGGAGAACAAUUUACCUGCAUCGUAUAUGAAUGAAGUUGCGCAGUAUAUCAUCGAGAAUAUACCUGAAGCACGUCAAGCAACUAAUAAAAAAAUGGCCCAGUCACAAUCCACUCAAAAAGUUCUCGUGGAUGGGAAGGAAUGGGAUUAUGUAUUUGAUGUAACAACUGAAGAUGGACGAGUUUUGAAAUUACCGUAUAACGUGGGUGAAGAUACGAAUUGGGCAGCACAACGUUUUAUUGAAAAACAUAAUCUUCCCAUAAAGUUUUUAGAGAAAGUUUCUACACUUCUUCGUCUUCAAGUUCCUGGAGCAUACGGCAGUGCCAGCAGUGGUGGAUUUGGUAAUUUCAGUGAUCCUUUCACAGAAGGACGUUAUGUUCCUUCUGCAACGGGGAAUCGUCAAACUUCAGAUGGGGAAAGAUUUGCAGCCGAUCCUUUCACUGGUGGAAAUGCAUACGUUUCAAAUUCUGCUGCAGUAGUGCCAAAUGUUCGCUUACCUAUCGAUAAAAAACGACCGCGUAGUGAACUUGUUCCGCUAUCCAGUUUCUUCCAAUUUGGUAUCGAACAAGCUUCAGCUAAGGCAAUCAUAAAGCUCAGGGAGUUAAAUGAGAUGCAAACUAGAUAUAAGCUGAACGAGGAACAGUUGCAUGCUCUAGAAGAUAUUUUAAAAACUUCAACUUAUGAUCCACGAGAUAUUCAUGUUUCUGCAAUUAAUACAGGUUUUGGAUGGAAUAUGGAUACAAUUAUUCCUAUAAUGGAUGUAUUCCGCUUAGCACUUUUGAAUCGUACCCUGAAUAGAAUUUAUUGUUCUUUGGAUAUAGAAGGUGAAAAGUCGGCCAAAGGUUUGGAAACAAUGCAACGGUUGACUAAUUUUUUAAUAAGUGCUGAUUCUGAUCCAAUCCGUAUUUUGGCAUGUCGAGCCAUGGCCAAUGCUGCUAUGCAUCAGUGGGGUCGUUCAAUGCUCAUCCAUGAUGUUAACACGACGGUCAAGUGCGUUGCAGCGCAGCUGAAUAGUGCGAAGCAUGCUUUGCAACUUGCCGCAACAACAGCAUUAGCUAACUGGGCGUUAAUUUUAUUGCGCCAUACAGAAUCUGGUAAGGUAACCGAGCUUGGUCCACGAGAAGAUGCUUUGCGAGCUAUUAUUCAGGCUAUCGAAAAUAUCGCUAGUUUUGGUGAUUUUAAUCAAGUAGCUUUAAUACGACUUCUUCAAGCAAUCGUAACUCUAAUGUGGGGCGAUGUUGCUGUUAUUCAGUUGGCUAAAGGACGAGAUAUCAUUGGGAUAAUGAACCGAAUUAAAGAUGCCGUGGUAGAUGAAUCCGGAAAGGCUAUUGCAAGAGACAUCACAGAAAUGGCUUACUCAUUAUGAGGCUUUACUUUUGCGAAUUGUUUCCAGUGGUAUAGGCAUUCUGGAGGUGAAAUAUACUUGCAUGUCGCACGAAAAUAACAAAACAAUGCUUAUUUUCAAUGAUAUAAUCGUUUUCUUUGUCGUUCUGGUAAUUUGAUAGGUGAUUUAUUAUAUCCUGUCAUGAAGGCCUGUCACGUUUACGGGUUAAAAUGAGUAGCUCCAGAGGGAUUCUGCUGGUAAUAGUGAAUUUACAAGGAUGCUGUAAUGGAUUAUUAUUGAAAUUUACUGCUUUAACAUGCAGGAUUAUUUUACAUUGUCAUUUCCAAC